AUGGAUCUUCAACUCAACCAAUUGACCAAAUGUACUCAGUUUUUGGCAGCCAUUAAUGUUGCCUUGUGCUCGUUCUGUGUUGGCUUUACGAAUGGGUACACCUCACCGGCGCUGCCGUUGAUGGAUGAUCCAUCUAAGACCCACUUUGAAGUUAGCAAACAGGCUGGUUCGUGGAUAGGCGGCAUAAUGCCACUUGCUGGCUUAGUAGGCAUCGUUUGUGGGGGACCGCUGGCUGUGUAUGUGGGCAGAAGGUUAACAAUUCUGCUCACCGCGGUGCCCUUCAUACUUUCUUGUCUGCUCAUCGGAUUCGCCACUACGGUGUGGCUUGUGCUCACUGGUCGCUUGAUAGGCGGCCUAACCGUAGGGUGUCUAGCAUUGCCUGUCUAUCUGGGUGAAGCGCUGCAUCCCUUGGUGCGCGGAACACUUGGUUUGAUGCCCACGUUACUUAACAAUCGUGGAUUGGUCAUGGUCUAUACAGUUGGCACAUUCACCACCUGGACUCAGCUUGCUUUUGUGGGCGCUGGAUGUUGUCUGCCCUUUCUCAUUUUAAUGUUAUUUAUGCCAGAGACUCAACGUUGGUAUCUUCCGCGUGGCAAACAAGAAAAGGCAGAGAACGCGUUGCAGUGGCUGCGGCGCAAGAAUGCGGAUGUAAAUGCUGAGUUGCAAGGAAUGACAGGCACCCAGAGCGAGGAUUCAGAAAACAUUAAGGACACUUGCCGGGAAUUAUGGAGCAAAAAGAAUUGAAAACCUAUUUUAAUAUCCCUCGGCCUGGUGUUGAUUCAACAGUUUAGUGGCAUCAAUGCAGUCAUAUUCUAUACCGUAAAAAUCUUUAAAGAUGCUGGCUCAAUUAUUGUCAGCUAUCUGUGUACCAUUAUUGUUGGACUGGUAAACUCUGCGGCCACUUUGAUAGCAACAUUGGUUAUAGAUUGCGUGGGCAGAAAGGAGCCAGCUGGCUUAAAUCUUAUUCAAGUUGUUCAAACCCUGAACACUACAAAUCCCGUGCCCGGCGAAGUGUGUAAUGUUUAUGGGCAGGAUGGUGUAUGGAUAGAAGGUGUUGGAGGGGUGCUGGUGUAG